AUGCCUUCGAAUAGCGAAUAUACCAUAGGUUGGAUCGCGGCCAUUGAGACCGAGUUCGUCGCCGCCUCACGAUUCCUCGAUAAACGACACGGGCGCCCCGAAAGUCAAGAUUCAGCAGACUCCAACUCGUACAAGCUAGGAAGCAUGGAAGGCCACAACGUCGUUAUCGCAUGCCUGCCUCAGGGCGAAUAUGGAUUGGCAUCGGCUGCCGUAGUUGCCACAAACAUGCUGCGAAGUUUCCCCAACGUCCGGAUAGGGCUGAUGGUUGGCAUCGCCGGCGGUGCUCCAAGGGAUGGGCAUGACAUACGUCUCGGCGACGUCGUGGUCAGUGCCAGUAGUGGUGGUAAAGGCGCCGUAUUCCAGUACGAUUACGGCAAGACGAUCCAGAACGAACCUUUUACUUGUACCCAACUCUUGAAUCAGCCACCAGCAGUCCUGCGUGCGGCAGUCGCUAGUUUGUCGGCGCAACACCGGGAGGACGGACAUGAUUUCGGAUCCCAGAUUGAUCGACUUUUGGACAAUUCGCGACUUGAAGAUUUCCGUCGUCCGCCGCACACAAGCGACAAAUUGUACAAACCAGAUGUCGUACACUUAAACAGCUGUAGCGAGGUAUGCGGCGGGGAUCCGGAACACCUCGUCGCCAGGGGGCCUCGGGAUAAGAAAAAGGACGAUCCAACUAUUCACUAUGGUACAAUUGCAAGCGCGAAUCAAUUGAUGAAAGAUGCCAAAGCUAGGGACAGGCUGGCGGCAAAGCACGACGUUCUUUGUUUUGAAAUGGAGGCGGCUGGCCUCAUGAACAACUUCCCUUGUCUUGUUAUCCGUGGGAUUUGCGAUUAUUCCGACUCAAAUAAAAACAAGGAGUGGCAAGGCUUCGCGGCCAUGAUGGCUGCAGCUUAUGCAAAGGCUCUUCUAGGUGUCCUCGUGCCUGAGAGAAUUGGGAAAGAGAAAACUAUUGGAGAAGCGAUUGGUUUAGUCGAGAAAGCUAUGAACAGCGUCGAGAAUAAGGUGACUUUGCUUCAAUCCAACACACAUAUCGACAAGCUGAAGGGCUGGCUCUCUCCUGCCGACCCGUCCACAAAUGCCAACCGCGCAAAAGAGCUCCGCCACAAGGGAACAGGAGCUUGGCUCCUGGAAAAUCGGAAAUUCAAGGAGUGGCGAGACGGGCCACGUCGCCAUCUGUGGCUUCGAGCUCUUGUGGGAUGCGGCAAAACCGUACUUUGUGCGGCGGUCCUGGAACAACUCGCCAAAUUGGACGAUUGUCUCGUGCUUAAUUUCUUUUUCGACUUUGCCGACACGGAAAAACAAACCUAUGAUUCCAUGCUGCGGGUAUUGUUAUUCCAGCUAUACCUGGACUCGCCUGACCCUGAAUCCAGGGGCUAUCUCGACAAGUUGUUCCAAUCGAAUCGCAACGGCCAGGCGCAGCCUUCGGGACAUGACCUCUGGGAGUGUUUGAAGAGUAUGCUUGCAAUCCAAAAAAAGGUCUACGUUGUCUUGGACGCCUUGGAUGAGUCGGAAACGAGGGGAGACCUUGCGACGUGGAUAAAUAAUGUUGUACACGAGCCAGGGCUGCAACAACUACACCUGAUAUUCACCAGCCGGCCAGAAUCAGACUUUGACUGCAUUCCAUCCAUGAUCGGCAUGGAUAACUGCAUCGAACUAGACAAGGAUGCAGUAAAUGCAGACAUACGUGCCUAUGUUUUAUCACGACUUCAGAAUGAUCGCGAUUUUAAAAGUAAAAACCUACCUGCGGACCUCGUCGAGGACAUUUGCAAUCGCAUCGGAAGCGGAGCAGAUGGCAUGUUUAGAUGGGCAUUCUGUCAGCUGCAAACUUUGUCGGCCGGUACGAACCUGUUUGAUAUCAGAUCCGCACUUGACGACCUGCCAAGCAAUCUCGAGGAAACAUAUAAACUCAUGCUGGAUAAAAUUCCAAAAGACUCGAGAAAAGCCGCCAUCAGUCUCCUUACCUUUCUUGCCUACUGCGAACGACCUCUCAAGCUACUCGAAGUAAAAGAUAUCAUGGCAACUGCUGAGGCGGAACCUGAACCCUUUGACGUCGAACGAAGAACAUUUGAUGAGGCCAUCCUCCGGCAUUGUCCCGGCAUGAUUGCACGUAUUUCGCCAGAGGAGAAGCCAUACCGAGAACGAGUCGAUGAAUUUCAACUUGCUCACUUCUCAAUCAAAGAGUUUCUCCUCCGCCAACACAAUUUCACAGUGCCAACUGCAAGUAUUCGCAUCACCACGACAUGUUUAUCAUACCUGGUAGAUGUUGGAGACCAUCAUACCAUUCACGAGGUCAGGGUGUGGUUUCCGCUGGCAGAACUGGCAGCGAAACUGUGGCCAACCCAUGCAUAUCAAGCUCAGGCGUCAGAGGAAAUGCCAAAGAUCACCACGGCCGUGUUAAAGUUGUUUCAAAACAAGGCAGCUUUCCAAAUCUGGGGCCAGUUGUACCAACCCGAUCGACCCGAUAAUAUCAGACCAGGGCCACCGGAGGGAUCACAGCUUUACUAUACUUCCUUCAUUGGGUUAAAACAGGCGGUGAUACAAUUGCUGGCAGAGGAGGCCGACGUUGAUGCACAGGGUGGCUGGUAUUGCAGCGCCCUGCAAGCCGCCUCAUCACAAUGCCAUAUGGAUAUCGUUGAUUUGUUGCUGCAAAAUGGUGCCGAUGUCAACAUAUAUGGUGGCUAUGGAGAUAAUAACGCGCUGCAAUUUGCCGUGUUACAAAACCAUAUGGGUAUGGUUGAAUUCCUGCUUGAAAGGAAUGCCGAUAUCGACGGACAUGGUGGCCACAGAUUUGGCAACCCCCUGCAAAUCGCCUCAAUUUCGAACGAUAUAGAUAUGGUACGAUUGCUGCUGGGAAAAGGAGCUGACGUUAACGCAGAGGGCGGUGAAUUCAAAAACGCCCUUCAAACAGCCUCUUAUAAAGGCUAUAUGGAAAUCGUUAAAUUGUUAUUGGAAAAGGGAGCCGAUGUUAACGGACAGUGCGGUGACUAUGGAAGCGCCCUUCAAACAGCCUCUGAUAAAGGCUAUAUGGAAAUCGUUGAAUUGUUGUUGGAAAAGGGAGCCGACGUUAACGCAAAGGGCAAUAGAUUUGGAAACGCCCUUCAAGCAGCCUGUAUUGGGAAUCACAUGGGAAUCGUUCAAUUGUUGUUGGAAAAGGGAGCCGAUGUUAACGGACAGGGCGGUCUCUAUGGACACGCCCUUCAAACAGCCUCUAAUGGAGGUUCUAUGGAAAUCGUUAAAUUGUUGUUGGAAAAGGGAGCCGACGUUAACGCAAAAGGCGGUUUUUUUGGGCACGCCCUUCAAGCAGCCUCUUAUAAAGGCUAUAUAGAAAUCGUUGGAUUGUUGUUGGAAAAGGGAGCCGACGUUAACGCACAGGGCGACCGGUUUGUGUAA